GGCACUUAACUGGACAUGAGUGGGAUGGCAUCAGGUCACAACAAUUCUUCCCAGGAAGAAUACAUCCCACACUAUCUCCAAAAGGAAGACCCUUUUGCAUCAAAGCUCUCUAGAGAAGCUGACAUCAUAGCUGGCUUUUAUUUGACAAUAAUUGGGAUCCUUUCAACUCUGGGGAAUGGGUAUGUUAUUUUUAUGUCCUCAAAGCGAAAAAAGAAGCUGAGACCUGCUGAGAUAAUGACUGUUAAUUUAGCAGUGUGUGAUCUGGGCAUUUCAGUUGUAGGCAAACCCUUCAGCAUCAUCUCCUUCUUUUCCCACCGCUGGAUGUUUGGGUGGAUAGGCUGCCGCUGGUAUGGCUGGGCUGGCUUCUUCUUUGGCUGUGGGAGCCUCAUCACCAUGACAGCUGUCAGCCUGGACAGGUACCUGAAAAUCUGCCACUUGUCCUAUGGUACCUGGCUUAAGAGGCACCAUGCAUUUAUCUGCCUGGCAAUAAUCUGGGCCUAUGCUAUGUUCUGGGCUACAGUUCCUUUUGCUGGGGUGGGGAGCUACGCCCCCGAGCCCUUUGGGACCUCCUGCACUCUGGACUGGUGGCUGGCACAAGCUUCAGUGGCUGGACAGGCCUUUGUUCUGAGCAUCCUUUUCUUCUGCCUCCUGUUCCCAACUGCGGUGAUUGUGUUUUCCUAUGUGAAAAUAAUCUUAAAAGUCAAAUCAUCCACCAAAGAAGUCGCUCACUACGAUACCAGGAUUCAGAACAGCCACAUUCUUGAAAUGAAACUGACCAAGGUGGCAAUGUUGAUCUGCGCAGGGUUCCUCAUUGCCUGGAUCCCUUACGCCGUGGUCUCGGUCUGGUCAGCCUUUGGACGGCCGGACUCGGUCCCCAUCCCGUUCUCAGUGAUCCCAACACUGCUUGCAAAGUCAGCAGCCAUGUACAACCCCAUCAUUUACCAGGUCAUUGACUGCAAGUUUGCCUGCUGCCGGUCAGGAGGGCUGGAGGCCAAGAGCUCUUUGAAGAAAUCAAGGACAUACACAAUAUCUGCACCCAGAGACUCCACAGCGAUGAACGAAACCCAGCUGGAAGCAUGA